ACAUAUUGGCGUUCUACACCCCCCAUAAAACGGCAUACCUGUGUGGCUUCAAAGAGAAGGUGCUCAUGUUUCUUUCGUGAUCACUGACGUCAAUGCAGGUUCCCUAGUCCUAUACCAGUCUCACUCUUCAGCACGAUCGGCGCUAUCACAAUGUACCAGCGGAGACCUAUAGCCGCCACCACCCCAUCCUCCCCACACAAUGUCUCUCCAGCCGAGCGUCGCACAACGCGCCCCCACCAUCACAAUGUCCAAGACAACACAACAUUCAUACAUAACCCCGCCCCUCGCAAUGUCUCCCCCACUAACACCAGUCUCACUCAUAGUCUCAACAUGCCAGACACCAUGUCUCUCUCACGUUCAUAUCCAUCCAUGAAGUCCCCUCUCCUCAGCCCGUCCCGGAUUCCCGUCCGCACACGAGCAAACACUCUUCCGGCGUCCUCCCGUGCUGAGUUGCAGUAUACUCAUACCGAUUUUAUCGCAGAGAUUGAAGAAAUGCAGCGUCUCCAGGCUGAGAACGCACGCUUGCUUGAACAGAACAGUCGCGUGAACGGUAUCACGGAAGCGUACGCGGAGUUGGGAAUGAGGUCGGAAGCGCAGGAGAUGACUAUCCAUGUCUUGGAGCAGUGUUUGCAGAGCUCAGACGGUGACCUGAAGGCGGCUAGGGAUGAGGUGGUCCGGAUGAGCGACGACCUAAUUAGGACGCAACAUAUCAACGCCAUGCUAGGUGAGCAGCUGGAGGCGGCUCAGAAGAUUGUCGAGAAGCAUAAGGAGCGCGAAAAGGACACUCUAUCCAGAAAGCGUACGAGGCUCGCGAGGAGCAAUACCAAGCGCAGGCCGCCACAAUUUCGAACUUGUCACAACAAGUCGAAGCCCUCCAAGCUCAGCUACACGCAGAAGAAGAAGCAUCGACGCACCUACGCGACCAGCUCAGCCAAGCACUAUCCGAGUCCACACUCCACGCCCAAGCCUCAGAGGCAGCUUCUACCCGCGCCGAAGUCGCCGAAACCCGCCUUAGGCUAUCCGAGGGACUAGAAGCAACGGUGAUGUCCGAACUCGCGAACGUAUGCCGGGAACUUGAUCGCCUGCGCGCGGUGAAUGAGGAGCAAGACGACACGAUUGCUAGGCUGUCUGAUAGGCUGCGCCGAAACCAGGCACAUCUUGAGGAGAUGGCGCAGACUGCGGUUGGACAGGAGGAGAUAUUGAAGGAGCUGGAGGCGCAGUUGCACCGCGCUAUGCAGAAGGGGCGCCACGCACAUGAUCUUGAAACGCAGCUUCAGCAGAGGCACAUGCAGCUUGACGAAGCGCGGGUGGAGGCUGCG